AUGUUUUAUUUGGUUGGUAUAAUAAUUAGUAUACGAAUAUGGCAUUUAUUUCCAAAAAGACCAAUAGUAAAAGUUCAUGGUGGUAAGAACAACGAAGCAAUCAAUGAUUUUAAAGCAUUGCUAGCAUAA